AUGAAAGAUUUGAGAGAAUUGCAUUACUUCUUGGGCAUUGAGGUGGUCAUGUCUACCAGAAGCAACUCCUUAUUGUUAACUCAGACCAAGUACACUCUAGAACUACUUGAGAAGACUAACAUGCUCGACUGCAAACCCUGUUCUAUACCAGUCACAAGUGGUGUAAGAUUGUCAUGCCAUGAUAGUGAACCUCUCACAGACCCAUCCGAGUACAGAAGCAUUGUGGGUGGACUUCAAUACCUGACUCAUACAAGGCCUGAUAUCACAUUUGCUGUCAACAAUGCCUCACAAUUUAUGCACUCACCUACAUAUGAGCACAUGAUGGUGGUUAAGCGCAUUCUCAGGUACCUAAAAUCUUCUCUUGGAUCUGGCAUCACUAUCACUUCAGGUGAUAUCACACAAAUCUCAGGUUACUCCGAUUCGGAUUGGGCUGGCUGCCCUGAUACAAGGCGCUCCACCACUGGUUUCUGCGUGUUUCUGGGCUCUACACUAGUGUAUUGGCAGUCAAAGAAACAGUCGACUGUCUCUAAAUCAUCUAUUGAGGCAGAAUACAAAGAUGUCUCUACCCUUGCCUUUGAAGUUAUGUGGUUGGCUGCUCUCCUUGAAGAACUGAACAUCGCAGUCACCACUCCUCAUCACUUGUUCUGCCACAACAUGGGUGCUCGCGCUUUGGCCAUGAAUCCAAUUUUUCAUGCUCAUGCAAAGCAUAUCGAGAUGGCUUAUCAUUAUGUCAGAGACUUAGUUAACGCUACCACAGUAGAUGUCGAGUUCAUUGCUUCUUCUCUCCAACUUGCAGAUGUUCUUACCAAGGGACUUACCUAUCAAGCUCUGGGCAAUCUACGUGACAAACUGAUGCAUUUCUGCCAAACCCCCGCUUCAGUUUGA